UAAAAAAGAAAGUGGUGAAGUGACUUCAGGUGUUUUUGUUUUUCUAUGUAAAACAUGUCAGGAGAAGUGAAGUAGAUGCACAAAGAGGGAAAGGUGGCACUGAGAAAAAACACUGACACAUCUCAUUCUCUCCCACAGGCAGCAAAGACGCAAACUACAGCCUCAGCGUUCAGGACACCUGCCUCACCUCACAGGGUAAAAGACGAGACGUCUUGAGAUGAACUUGCUACAUCAUCAUGGAUCUUGAAGAUGCCCAUUGACUUUGCUGUCCCACACCACCUCCCCUUGUCAUGGAGUCUGACCCGAACCACCUCCGUGACCCCUACAAACCUGCGGACGACAACAUCGAUCCCCCCGAUCUGGAGUGCGCCAUUUGUUUCUGCCAGUUCAACAACGUCUUCAACACCCCUAAGGUACUUCAAUGCAAGCACACCUUUUGCCUGGAGUGUCUUGCGCGGAUGAACGUGAAGUCCACCCAACCCGACACCAUCCAGUGCCCUCUAUGCCGCGCAUACACCCCGUUACCCGACUUGGGUCUUCCCAAGCUAGCAAAUGACUCCACGGUGCUGUCAUAUCUCCCGGCUGCCAUGCAGCACGUCUACAGCAUCCGCUUCAACCGCAACAAAGGCAAACUGCAGGUGAAGAGAGUGCCCAGCUCUGCCCCAGCCUUGACGCAGACUGUCAGCCAGACUCUGGACGUCGGGAACCCAGCGGGCUCAGAGGGUCCGCAUGGCAGAGACAGGGGUAGAGAGAGGUCCUUACUGAUCACCAUCUUGCGAACCCCACUGUGCAGAGCUUUUAUCAUGAGCUUAGUGGCCAUACUGACCGUCGUUCUCACCAUUACUAUCAUCAUCACCAACGCCAAGAAAAACUAAGCCCAAAUACUUCGGUUUUGACAUGCACGAUAUAGUGCAUGUAGCACAAAUAUUGUGCGCAGCUCAAUUUAUCUAAUGGCGUGUACAAUGUACGCGCAGCAGAACUUUUUUUGCACUAAUCAGUUUGUCCACAAGGUGGCGACACUGACCGUUGUUUCACAGUCUGAAAAGAAAUGGAAUGAGAACAACAGAAACAUUAUAUACUUCCGCAUUGACAAGCAAUUGUCAAAGGGCAUUAAAAUACACCAGCGACUCUAGUUUUACAAAUACAAAACUUUUAUCACUCAAAACACUUGGACAGGGAUUAAUCUUUCUGUUGCAUAUACACUGAGUGCAUAUGUGCACACAUUAUUAAAUGGCUUUGAAAGGCUGUGUGUUUGACUUUGCAAA